AUGGGGCUAGCCAAGCUCACUGUGAUUCCCCAAAUAGGUGAUGUCACUGGUGAGGAGUGGCCCACAGACUCCCACCUCCACCCUGCACUGCCUUGGAUGUCUGACCUGGCUGAGGAGUUCCAGAGACAUUUAGAGUGGCUGCUGGAACUUCAAGGGAAGUUCAGUGAGGGCAUCAGUGAGGUGCAGGAAAUCAGCAAGGCCUUGCUUCAGGCACCCCUCAUUGAAAGGCUGAAAGUCAGGAGGCUGGAGAGACAGGUGGAGAGCCUGCAGAAGGAGCUCCAGGAAAAGACUGUGGAUUUGCAGAAGGCAAGAAGAGCACUGCAGAGGAAGGAGGAAAAGCAGGCUGCUCGUCAAAGUAAGGAGGAGGAAGAGCAGGCAGGUGGCAUGGGGAAGGCAUCAGUGCUGCAGCAACAACUGGCCCAGCUGCAAGAGGAGAAGCUCUCCCACUGCCAACAGCUGAGCCACGUUGCUCUGAGAGACGAGCUGAAGGCAGCUAGGGACAAGAUAGUCCACUUGACCCUGGAGCUGGAGGUGGAGUCCCAGAAACGUCAGCAGCUGGCAGCCAAGAAUCAGGAGCUGCAAGAGCUGCUGGUGGCUCAGAAACGGGAGCAGGCUGAGCAGAGGGGAAAAGCUCACGCAAGAGUGAUGGAGCUUAUCAGCCUGAACCAUCAGUUGGGUGCCUCUGCAGUUUCUGCCACAAGACAGCUUAAAGACUCCAGCUCCUUCAGGGUUACAAAGCUGGAGGAGAAGAACAGAGCUCUGGAGAAAGAGCUGGAGAGAGCCCGGAGCAUGCAGAAGGAGAUGGAGCGGCAGCUGGCCAGAGAGAAGGCAGCCAGAGAAGCCCGUGAGGAGUUGUACCAGAGGAGCAAGGAAGCCAUCAGAGUGAUGAAAGAGCAAUUAGACAUCAGAGGUCCCACAAAGUCUGACCGGGCUGAGGAGUUCCACAGACAUUCAGAGUGGCUGCUGGAACUUCAAGAGAAGUUCAGUGAGGGCAUCAGUGAGGUGCAGGAAAUCAGCAAGUCCUUGCUUCAGGCAGCCCACAUUGAAAGCCUCAAAGUCAGGAGGCUGGAAAGACAAGUGGAGAGCCUGCAGAAAGAGCUCCAGGAAAAGACUGUGGAUUUGCAGAAGGCAAGAAGAGCACUGCAGAGGAAGGAGGAGAAGCAGGCUGCUCAUCAAAGCAAGGAGGAGGAAGAGGAGGCAGGUGGCAUGAAGAAGGCAUCAGUGCUGCAGCAACAACUGACCCAGCUGCAAGAGGAGAAGCUCUCCCUCUGCCAACAGCUGAGCCACAUACAGAACGGUGGCCAGGAAGAAGAACAGAUAAUGGAUGCCUCUGCAGUUUCUGCCAUGAAACAGCUUAAAGACUCCAGUUCCUUAAGGUUUGCAAAGCUGGAGGAGAAGAACAGAGCUCUGGAGAAAGAGCUGGAGAGAGCCCGGAGCAUGCAGAAGGAGAUGGAGCGGCAGCUGGCCAGAGAGAAGGCAGCUAGAGAAGCCCAUGAGGAGUUGUACCAGAGGAGCAAGGAAGCCAUCAGAGUGAUGAAAGAGCAAUUAGACAUCAGAGGUCCCACAAAUUCUGACCGGGCUGAGGAGUUCCACAAACAUUCAGAGUGGCUGCUGGAACUUCAAGAGAAGUUCAGUGAGGGCAUCAGUGAGGUGCAGGAAAUCAGCAAGGCCUUGCUUCAGGCACCCCUCAUUGAAAGCCUCAAAGUCAGGAGGCUGGAAAGACAAGCGGAGAGCCUGCAGAGAGAACUCCAGGAAAAGACUGUGGAUUUGCAGAAGGCAAGAAGAGCACUGCAGAGGAAGGAGGAGAAGCAGGCUGCUCAUCAAAGCAAGGAGGAGGAAGAGGAGGCAGGUGGCAUGAAGAAGGCAUCAGUGCUGCAGCAACAACUGACCCAGUUGCAAGAGGAGAAGCUCUCCCUCUGCCAACAGGUGAACCACAUGUAG